UCAGCAUUUUUCCGUUCCGCCAUAUAAAAGCACCGGGCACUAAAUCGACUCCGAUCCAGCAUAUUUUUCUGUUUUCGUAUAGUUCCCUGUGUAGUAGACACUUGAAUAUAGACAAUAUCUCUAGAAACGCGUAUUCAUGGAUUUAUCGAGCAGUUAGUCGGAAUAUUUGUUGUACGAAUGUACUAUGAUUGGUUUACAAUUGCUGCCGAAAAUGGGCUGAAAAUGUCGACCCACUAACCAACGCCAGGCUCUCUAUUAACAGUUCCGAAAACAUUUGCCCCAGCUAGUAAUUCCAUUCUCAAUGUACGGUGCGAUCUGUGCGAUUCGUUUUUCCUCUGUUUAGCAUCAAAGUGUAGGAAGUUCGUUCGUAUUUUUAUUUGAGAAAACACAGGCAUUGUAUUUCUUGGUUUUCUUGUAAUUUCCGUGCGUUUCUUUCACUGUACUGAACACAACGCAGUGCGCAGGUUAAGCCGGCGCGUUUCAAGAAUCCGUUAAAUUAUCCGGUACACGAUAUUGCGUUCACGUGUGAAAUGAUUACAAUAAUGCGUCGUAUCCCAUACAUUUCUCUAACAUGAAGAAAUUCAUGAAGGCGUCGAAAUGAGACGGUGUUCAACAAGUCGUGAUGCGUUGGAGGUUCGGCGGUCCUUACUCAAAAACCGACCAGAAGUCUGUGUUACAAAGGCAAUUUGUGUGACAAAUCAUAAAAGUGCUACAUUGUACAUCAAAACAUACAAAGAGGCUUCCUUACUAGUGGACAAUAGGACUUCCUUGGAAGAAAACAAAUAUUUUUAGUGACAUUGAGAGUACAAGUGAAAAAUUUAAAAAUUGGGGGGGCUGUUUGACCGAUGGACAAACGGAAGAUGAUGCCCAAACGCCCUCGAAUGGAGAACCUGAGGGGUCCUAUUGCAAAUGGACCCAUUCAGACAAGACCGUUGGUGGCUUUGUUAGAUGGACGAGACUGCUCUAUUGAAAUGCCUAUCCUCAAAGAUGUUGCAACUGUGGCCUUCUGUGAUGCACAGUCUACAUCUGAAAUCCAUGAAAAGGUACUAAAUGAAGCAGUGGGAGCAUUAAUGUGGCACACCAUAAUUUUGACGAAAGAAGAUCUUGAAAAAUUCAAAACAUUACGGAUCAUUGUAAGAAUUGGAUCUGGAGUAGAUAACAUAGAUGUCAAAGCAGCAGGAGAACUUGGCAUCGCUGUGUGCAAUGUGCCUGGCUAUGGCGUUGAAGAAGUAGCUGACACCACCCUUUGUCUUAUUCUAAAUUUAUAUCGACGUACGUAUUGGUUGGCAAAUAUGGUACGUGAAGGAAAAAAAUUCACAGGCCCAGAACAGGUCAGGGAAGCUGCAACAGGAUGUGCAAGGAUACGGGGUGACACACUUGGAAUAGUUGGGUUAGGUAGAAUUGGUUCUGCAGUUGCAUUGCGUGCCAAAGCGUUUGGCUUCACUGUCAUCUUCUAUGAUCCUUAUCUACCAGACGGAAUUGAAAAAUCUCUUGGGCUUAACAGGGUCUACACAUUACAGGAUUUGCUAUUUCAGUCAGACUGUGUGUCCUUGCAUUGUACCUUGAAUGAACACAACCAUCAUUUAAUUAAUGAAUUCACUAUCAAACAGAUGAGACCUGGCGCCUUUUUAGUCAAUACAGCAAGAGGUGGUCUGGUAGAUGACGAUGCAUUAGCCGGAGCGUUGAAACAGGGCAGAAUUCGUGCAGCAGCACUUGACGUACACGAAAAUGAGCCAUACAACGUCUUUCAGGGUCAGUCUUCACAGUGUCCUUUGAAAGAUGCACCCAAUCUGCUGUGUACACCACACGCAGCAUUCUACAGUGAUGCAAGUUGCACCGAACUUCGUGAAAUGGCAGCCAGUGAGAUACGAAGAGCUAUCAUCGGUCGCAUACCUGACUGCUUGAGAAACUGUGUGAACAAGGAAUACUUCCUUUCCUCCACCGGGGAAUGACAAGCUGCAUCAAUU